ACCAAGUAUCAUGGGAGCUGAAAAUUCGAAGGCCAAGGGUCCCAACGACAUAUCUCUGAAUCUCAAAGGUCUCUACGGCUACCAGAAUGUGGUGAUCCACACACCCCAGGUCCUUGGCUCAGGAUCAUAUGGGAAGGUAGUUAAGGCAACACUGGAUAAAAAGCCAUGUGCUGCUAAAAUCCUCCAUCGAGUCUUCAUUGACUCCCAGGACCCCGGACUCUCUGAUUUCAUCUCUCGAUUUGAGCAGGAGUGCCAGAUCCUGCGAGACCUGAAACACCCCAACAUUGUCCAGUUCCUAGGUGUGGUCCAA